AUGUCGUCAACAUGUGAAUCAAUACCGAUACUUUAUAUGAAAGCAUACAAUAACUUUGAUGUUGGUUUUAAAAUUGGAAAAACAUUUAAGCAUUUUAUACAAGAGCAUGUAACAACCAAAACAGCGGAAUUACUGUAUUCCUUCUACAAAACUGAAGAGGGAAGGAAGCUGUAUAAUGCAGCUGUUGAAACAACGGAGAGAUGUUAUCCUCAUAUUGUGGAAGAAAUUAAAGGAAUGGCCGAAGGAUCGGAUGUGUCUUUCGAAAGACUAUUUCUACAGGAUAUGGCUUCGGAGAUACUUUUGUACCAUUCGAACAUAUCAAAUGAUAAAGAAGUUGGCCAUGACAGCGAAAUUGCUGGAUGUACAGACAUAAUGGUGAAUACAUCAGAUUGUAGAGUUCUUGCACAUAAUGAAGACUGGGGAACGGAGGUUGAAAACAUGAUGUAUAUGGUCGACGUAGAUCUAGACAAAAGCGCCUUAUGUGAAGAUGACAACAGUAAAAACAUAAAAAAACAAGAAACUAUAAACCAGGUAACUGCAAGACGAAACGAAAGGUAUCUCGCAUGCAUAUUUCCAGGGUAUCUUGCUGGGAAUACAUUUUAUGUUAAUAAAACAUUUGCCGUGUCAAUAAAUUCUCUCGUGCCAAAGAAAGUAAAUCAUGGCGCUGUGCCAGUUGAUAUACUUCUCCGUGCCUUAACUGGAUGUGAAAAAAUAGAAGAGUGUGUCGCCGUUAUGAAGAACGAUCCUGUGGGCUGUUCUUAUGGAAUAAACAUCAACAUUGCAAGCAGGAAGUCAGAUGAUAUGUGGACGUUGGAAGUCUAUCCAGAUAAUGUACAUUUAUGUUUCAAUAUGUGUAAAUUAUUUUGCAUCAUUUUAAGAAAUUUUCCGCUUCUCUCCUUUCUACCUUUAUGA